CCUGAAUCAAUGCGCACAAAUGCCUCAACUCACUCUUCACCCAUUACUGCUUACAGCUUCGUGUCAAUUCACCGUUCACUUCCCUGCUCUUUCACACACAAUCAGCUAUCACGAUGAAAAUCAGCCAUAACAAACACAAUGACUCUUCUCCUUACCCUCCCUUCAAGCUACAGCUUCUCUCCACAGCGCUGACGCUCCUCAACCAACCCCCUUAAUACCAACCUCAGCGCCCAUCUCGUCCUUCUUCACAAAGUACCCCAAUCUAUCCGAUAGCAAACAAAGCCUCAUCUCGAAAACCGCCGCUCACCUAUCGGACCCCCCUAAUACCCACCACCCCAACCAAACGCAUCCUCGACCAACUUCCACACAAACAUUUCCACAUGUGCAAAGAAACUUUCUCCCGCCACCGCCACUGCACGCACUCGCGCCUCCUCAACCGCACCUACUGCUCCCUCGUCGUCCCACCCUCCUUCCGCACCCCUUCAGCCGCCCGCGCCUGUCCGCGCUACAAACAGCACCGCGAGAAGCCCAGCGCACAGAUUCCGUGCUUCGCUUGCAAGAGGCAAGAACGGAUCCGAGAGAUUCUGGCCGAGGAACAGGAGAUGGCGCGGAGCGAGCUGCGGGCCGCGGGGUUUAGUGAGGGGAAUGUGCGGGUGAUGAUGAUGCCGCCGCCGACAGGGUUUGUGAUGCCGAGGUUGUUUCCGAAGAGGAGGGUUGGAGGUAGGGACGGAGGUGAUGUGACGGGGAUGAUGGGGCAUCCAUUGAGUCGAUGUGCGCAGGAUGUGCAUCCGUUGUUUCGACAUGCGCAGGAAGUGGAUGGUUCGGUCACCGACGAUACUAGGGGGUUGACGCCUGAGAAAGUGGACUCGCGUAGCUCGGGGGAUAGCAGUGAUAGCGGACUACACAAAGAUAUUGGAGAAGUUAAGACGAAGACCGGAAAAGGCUUCAAGAACUGGAUCAAGGAGUUUCUGCUGGCUGGAAAUGUGGAUGAAGCGGUGAGUAUUGGGUUCCCGAAGAUGGAUGCUUAGAUGUUGGUAGAACGGCUUGGGUAAAGGAAGAGCAGAUAUACAUAUGUAUGCGGGGAUACAAUGGCUAUGAAGAAGCAGGUUUGGGAU